ACACAGAGGAAGGAUAUCUGUAUGCAGAGAGAAAAGAAAACCAGAAACAGAAUCCCACUUUUUCCUGUUGGGAAGCAACAUCAGAGAAGACGGAGUUGGAUCGUCUCUGCAAGAGAACAGCUGGCAAACUGCUAUGGCUCCCAGCUUGGCCCAGGCUUACAGGAGGAGGUGGUGGAUGGCGGUCACGGCCAUCAUGGAGAACUUGUUCUUCUCUGCAGUUCUGCUGGGCUGGGCCUCUCUGCUCAUCAUGCUGAAGAAUGAAGGCUUCUACUCUCACCUUUGCAUCGAAAACGACACUAUGGAUGCCAACAGGACUUCCACAGAGAGCAGUGGUUGGAGAAGCUGUGUGGAGCAAGAGGAGAUGUUAAAUCUAGGCUUCACCAUUGGUUCCUUCCUUCUAAGUGCAGCCACGUUGCCUCUGGGCAUCUUGAUGGAUAAAUAUGGACCACGCCCAAUCAGGCUCAUUGGCAGUUCAUGCUUUGCAGUUUCCUGUGCGAUGAUGGCAGUGGCUGCAUGCAACCCUGGAGUGCUCUCUGUCCUCAUCUUCUUCGCUGUCUCCUUCAAUGGCUUUGGAGGAAUCUGCCUGACCUUCACCUCUCUCACACUACCAAACAUGUUUGGGGAUUUUCGAUCAACAGUCCUCUCCGUGAUGUUUGGUUCUUAUGCUUCUUCAGCCGUCACCUUCCCUGGAGUCAAGCUGAUUUACGAUCUUGGCGUCUCCUUCCGGGUCAUCAUGUGGGUUUGGACUGGCUUAGCCUGCGUGGUUUUCCUCAACUGCCUCCUGAACUGGCCUGGCGAAUCUUUCCCUGCACCUGAAGACAUCAGAUACACUAAAAAGAUGAAGUUGAACGAGGUUGUGAUGGAGGACAGGAAAACCGGAGAUAGGCACAUCACACAUGUGACCAUUAUGGAGGACACAUUGGGGGCCAGUCAGCCUGAAUCUGAGCACAAAGUCUUCCAAAGAACAGCCAAAGCCUCUGUACCACUCUGUCACUCUGUGUGCUCCCCCAUCUUCCUAUGGAGUGCCGUCGUCAUGGCAAUCACCCAGCUGAGGCUGAUCUUCUUCAUGGGUGCAAUGAAUAAGAUGUUGGAGUUCCUGGUCACACAUGGUGACCCCCACCCUUCAGAAGAGCUGCAGAAGGAGGUGAAGGAGCAAGUGGGCUUCUACUCGUCCAUCUUCGGGUCACUGCAGCUGCUCUGCCUGCUGACGUGCCCGUUCAUCGGCUACAUCAUGGACUGGAGGAUGAAGGAGUGUGAAGAGGAGGACACACGAUCAGGAAGCAGUGGAAAAGAUCAGGAUCUCUCAAAGAGAGACAAAAAGAUCCAGAAACUGACCAACGCCAUGAGAGCUUUCUCCUUCACCAACCUUCUUCUGGUCACCUUUGGAAUAAUUUCCUUGAUUGACAACUUGCCCAUACAGGUUUCGUCAUUUGUUCUGCACACCGUUGUAAGAGGGUUCAUCCAUUCCUGCUGCGGGGGUCUCUACGCUGCUGUGUAUCCAGCCAACCACUUUGGGACGCUGACAGGGAUGCAGUCCAUGAUCAGCGCUGCCUUCGCUCUGCUCCAGCAGCCUCUGUUCAUGCUGAUGGUGGGUCCGCUCGGAGGAGAUCCGUACUGGAUCAACAUGGGCCUUCUGGUCUUCUCCCUGGCUGGCUUCCUGCUGCCAUGCUACCUGUUUCAUCACCGUGGAAACCUGAUCAGGCAAAAGACAGACAGAGACAUGGCAGCUGCAAGCGACGUUCAAGGCCCGUCAGAAACUGGAAUUACGAAGAACCAAGCCAACGGACUGCUGGAGUGUGGACUGUCAUGAAGAGACGGAGGAUUGAUGAAACAACUUUCUGUUUUUGUAAACUGAGAUGAAGUAAUGUGAAUAUUCUGGGAUGCAUGUGCACAGUGCACAGAGAAAAGCAGAAAUCAUGCAAGCGUUUUUCCUUUAAAUGGCUGGAACGACAGUAAAAUGGUGCCACAUACAGAAUAUGAAAUGAAGCUGCCUCUUAUUUAAAAUGCUCUUUAACAGCUGCCGUGUAAAGAUGCCACAACAAGGGACCAUGACAGCUUCCUCCAUUCAUGGCUGUACAAUGAGCGGGUUUAAGACCUGUGUGGCUAUUCAACGCUUCUCGUUGCAGCUGUUCUUCUUUCUGGAUGAUUCCUGUCUGAGUUUGGGACUGAUCCGCUGCCCCCCUGAUCAUAAAUUAUGAUCCUAAAUUAUUUCUGGAUAGCACAGCAAGGAAAUGAUAAGCUCAUCUGGCCUUCUUUAUUCAGCUGUUAGCUAAAUGUAGCAUGCCAGCAUGAUAGCGGCAUUAUGAUAAAACAAAAGAGCAACUAACAUGCUAAUGAUUCCCCGAUGGGUGUUAAAGGAAUAGUUUGUCUCACUGAAUUAGCUUAUUUGUUUAUUUAUUGAGAUUCAUUUAAGAAAACGUCUCACAAUGAUGAGUUAUUGUGUAAGUAGAGCCAUGUGAAACUCAAGUUUAACUCCACAGUUUAAUUAAAUUCUUUUAAAUCCAUAUUUAAGACUUGCUGUGACUUGUUUAAUGUGUACAAGGCAAAAGGUACAUAUGGAUGCAGACUCCUUUAUAGUCCCACAGCAAGGAAAUUCAUAACAGCAGCAAGACACACACUGGAAAAUAAAUAGUUGGAAAUGCAAGGCACAAAAUAAG